AUGGGAUUCGAUGGCACAAGAGUAGAUCCCCUUGGAGUAAUAGACUUGUCCGUAACCGCGGCGAAGAGGACUCUGAAGGAGAACUUUGUUUUAACAGAAAUUCAUCAUUCUUACAAUCUCAUCAUGGGAAAAGGUUGGAUACAUCGGAUGAAAGGAGUUCCGUCCACCCUCCACCAGGUGAUGCGGUGUUUAUCUCUAGACGGGAAAGAAGUAAUUAAUCUGUGGGGCGAUCAAGUCACAGCGAAGGAAUGCUAUAUGCUGACACAGGUUGAGGCGAAAAGGAUGUCGACUCAACAGCAACCAGGUGAGGCUUCCAAAACUGGACCCAAAUAG